AUGCGUAGAAGUGAAAUUAAAGACGGUGAUGCAGAAGCGGCAUUGGCUUAUUUGUGUGGAAAGGCAGAAAUGGAUUCUUCAUUUUUUUAUAAAUUCAACAUUGAUGAAGAAAGUCGACUAGCAAAUUUGUUUUGGGCUGAUUCAACUUCUCGAAUGGAUUAUGCGUGUUUUGGAGAUGUCCUAGCAUUUGACACAACCUAUAGGACAAAUGCCUAUAAAAAGCCUCUAGUAGUGUUGGUCGGUGUUAAUCAUCACCACCAAACUGUUGUAUUUGGUUGUGCGUUAUUGAUGGAUGAAAGUGUUGGGACAUAUGAAUGGGUGUUGGAGACAUUUCUUGAGGCAAUGAUGAAUAAGAAACCCAUAUCUGUUGUAACCGAUGGGGAUAAAGCUAUGCGUAAGGCAAUUAAAAAAGUAUUACCCGAAACGUGUCAUCGAUUGUGUUCAUGGCAUUUGCAACGAAAUGCAUUCACGAAUGUGCAUAUUAAGGACUUCUCAAGCAUAUUUGCAAGGUGCAUGUUCAUGCGUGGGAAUGAAGAAGAAUUUGAAAAGGUUUGGCAUGAAAUGGUUGCAAAUUUGGGACUUAAUGAGAAUCGUUGGGUGACCGAGAUAUAUGGGAAACGUAAAAGAUGGGCAGAGGCGUAUUUACGUGGAAAUUUCUUUGGAGGGAUGAGAACCACACAAAGGUGUGAGAGUAUGAAUGCAUAUCUAAAUAGAUUCUUAAAAAUUCGCUUGCGACUGUAUGAGUUUGUACAACAAUUUGAUAGAGCCAUAAUGAGAAUACGGCAAAACGAGGCAAAGGCAGAGUUCGAGUCGAACAAUUCUUCACCAGUGCUUUCAACCAAACUAUCCAUAAUUGAAAAUCAUGCUGCGACGGUAUACACGAAAGAAUCUUUUAUUAAAUUUCGUGAGGAGAUGAAAAAUGCAGAGUUAUUCUUUGUGGUAGGUCUUGGAAUGUUAGGGGAGCAUUUGUCGAAUGAACGAUCUGACAUGUACAUAGAUUGUGGUGAACUUAAUAAUCUGAAAAAAACAAUGGAAUGUGCAUGUGCAGAUAGCAGGAUUUCAGCAACAUGA